AUGGCCGCCACCUACUGCCCCGGGCCCUGCGUUCCCAUGGAUUCUGCCUUCUCCGUCUGCUCGAGCGAGGGCAGUUGCGGGAGCCUCGUCUGCCUGCCCGGUUCUUGCAACGUUUCAUCCUACGCCCUGGACAACUGCCAAGAGACCUGCUGCGAACCCCCCUGCUGCGCGCCAUCUUGUUGCGUACCCAGCUGCCGCCAGCCCGCUUGCUGCAGCGCGGCGUGCUGCCCACCCCCCUGCCGCGUGGCCCUCCUCUGCCGACCGGUGUGCGGCGUGCCCGCCUGCUGCCGGUCGGCCUGUGGUCCCAGCACCUGCCGGUCGGCCUGCACCGGCUCCUGCUCGCCAUCUUGCUGCCAACAGUCUCGCGGCCAAGACUCUUGCUGCCAGUCAACUGGCUGUGAAGAUUCUUGCUGCCAAUCGUCUGGCUGCCAAAGCUAUUGCUGCGUCCCAGUCUGUUGCAAACCAGUCUGCUGCGUCCCCGUAGGCCGCGAGCCAGUCUGCUGCGUGUCCUCCCCCUGCCCGAGCGCCUCCUGCGGAGACCCUUGCUGCCGGCCCUCUUGCUGCGUCUCCACCUGCCGCCGGCCCGCUUCCUGCGUAUCCCUCCUCUGCCGCCCCGUUUGCAGCCACCCGGUCUGUUGCGUGCCCGUCUGCUGCAAGCCGGCCUGCUGAGACUCCAGCUGCUGCGCGCCUGCCCCCCGCCAGCCCUCUCGUUGCCGAUCGGCCUCCUGCGUCUCUACGAUCUGCCGACCCAUCUGCGGCCGGCCCGCCUGCUGCGGGGUCACUUCCGGCCAGAGCUGUCAGUCAUCUGGCAGCUCCAGGACCCGCCAGCUGGGCGGCACCAACUCCUGCUUGCCAUCUUGCUGCCAACUGUCUUGCUGCCAAGACUCUUGCUGCCAAUCAGCUGGCUGCCGGGACUCUUGCAGCCAGUCGGCUCCCCGCCAAGACCCUCGCUGCCGAUUAUCUGGCUGCCAAUAUCCUUCCCGGAUAUCUGCUUCCCUUCCUGCCCUUUCCACACCAGUGACCAGGACGGACUCCGGCACCGUGCCCCACGAUAGCCGGGCCGAAAGCAACCAGGCCACGCAGAAGGCCGCCACUGACGACAUGGCCGCCACCUGCUGCCCCGGGCCCUGCGUUCCCAUGGAUUCUGCCGUCUCCGUCUGCUCGAGCGAGGGCAGUUGCGGGAACCUCGUCUGCCUGCCGAGCUCUUGCAACAUUUCUUCGUAUCCCCCGGACAACUGCCAAGAGACCUGCUGCGAACCCCCCUGCUGCGCGCCAUCCUGUUGUGAACCCAGCUGCUGCCAGCCCGCUUGCUGCAGCGCGGCGUGUUGCCCACCCCCCUGCCGCGUGGCCCUCCUCUGCCGGCCGGUCUGCGGCGUGCCCGCCGGCUGCCGGUCGGCCUGCACCGGCUCCUGCUCGCCGUCUUGUUGCCAACAGUCUUGCGGCCAAGACUCCUGCUGCCGAUCAGCUGGCUGUCAAGACUCUUGCUGCCAAGACCCUUGCUGCCAAUCCGCUGGCUGUCAAGAUUCUUGCUGGCAGUCAUCUGGCUGCCAAAGCUCUUGCUGCAUCCCCGUUUGCUGCGAGCCAGUCUGCUGCGUCCCCGUAGGCUGCGAGCCAGUCUGCUGCGUGUCCACGCCCUGCCCGAGCGCCUCCUGCGGAGACUCCUGUUGCCGGCCCUCUUGCUGCGUCUCCACCUGCCGCCGGCCCGCUUCCUGCGUAUCCCUCCUCUGCCGCCCAGUUUGCAGCCGCCCGGUCUGUUGCGUGCCCGUCUGCUGCAAGCCGGCCUGCUGCGACUCCAGUUGCUGCGCGCCUGCCCCCUGCCAGCCCUCUCGCUGCCCAUCGGCCUCCUGCGUCUCUAUGAUCUGCCGACCCAUCUGCGGCCGGCCCGCCUGCUGCGGGGUCACUUCUGGCCAGAAAUCUUGCUGCUGAUAGGGAGCUCCACCGAGCCAAAGCGGCCUCCGCUAUCCCAGAGAGCUGCUCGCCUUCCAGCCCCUUUCCUCAACAGUGACGAGGAUGAACCCCAUCAUGCUUAUCUGAAAGAGCCAGGCCAAUGUUUUCCAAAAUCCACAUGA